AUGUUCAAUGCGCUAAACCGCUUCAUCUCGCGCUUGGACGGUGACGUUCAGCAGCAGCGGCAACAAGAGAAGGGGUCCUUCGGCUUCCAGGUCUUGCGCAACACCAACUUGGAUUUGGCCAUCGAGCCCUGGUUUGACUUUAUUGUUGGCAUUAAUGGAAGACCUAUUGAGGACCCUGAACCUGCACUCUUCAGUCAGGAAGUGAGGAACUGCGCGGGCAGCACAGUUACCCUGGGAUUAUGGAACGCAAAGGGCCAAAGAACUAGAGAGAUCCACGCUCCUGUUGCGCCAGACACUGCAUCCCUCGGCCUCUCUCUGCAAUACGCCCCCCUCGCUCUCGCGGCAAACAUCUGGCAUGUUCUGGAUGUCCCUGCCAACUCCCCCGCCGACGUCGCCGGUCUGCUGCCGUACAGCGACUACAUCCUUGGCAGCCCUGAAGGCGCGUUAUAUGGAGAAGGUGGUUUGGGCGAGCUUGUCGAGGACUUUAUCGGACGGCCAAUGCGCAUCUGGGUCUACAACAACGAAUACAACGUCACCAGAGAAGUCACAAUACAGCCCAGCCGGGACUGGGGUGGCCAGGGCGCACUGGGUUGUGUUCUUGGAUACGGCGCUCUUCACAGGAUACCUCCUCCCCUUAGCGAGCCUGUUGAUGCUCCUGGCGAGACUAUGUUCGACGGAGCCCCCAACGAAAAGAGCGAGGAUGUAUUUGUACCCGCUGCUGCAGGCUCGGAGCCUCAACCUCCCCCCACAGGAGAUUUCUUAGUGCCUGCACAGAUGAUAGGCAAUGCUCCUGCGAGCGCCCCGCCAAGAGGAGGAGGGAAGAAGAAAGAGCGUCAUGGUCAUAGCCCCAACCCAUUGAUGGAUGACUAUUUCAAGGAAGAGGAAGAGAAGAGCCGGGCUGUGGACAAUGCGCCGUCAGCUAGAAACUCACCAGCACCCCCUCCGCCAAAAGGAGGCCCUCCUAGGGAUUCACCCAAGCCGGAGGUUCAGGCCAGUAGUGAUGAAGCACAAUGA